AUGGAUGCCGUGCCAGACUAUUAUAAGCUUUUAGAGAUUCCCCGGGAUGCCUCCGACAAUGAUAUUAAAAAGGCGUACAGAAAGAAAGCCCUACAGUGGCACCCGGAUAAAAAUCCAGAUAGGAAGAAUUAUGCUGAGCAGAAAUUCAAAGAAGUUACAGAAGCUUAUGAAGUGUUGUCAGACAAGGCCAAGCGUGAACGUUAUGACUGCUAUGGGGAUGGAAUCACAGCGGCAGCAGUUCCUGAAGGAGAUGAUUUGAAAUUCACAUUCCGCAGCCCCUGGGAGGUUUUCCGAGAGAUGUUUGGCAGCUCAGACUCUUAUGCUGCCAAAAAGGAAGAAGAUGUCCCAUGGUACUUACGAGGCCCCUUAUUUUCUAUCUCCAUUUCAGAAGACUCAGGUGUUUCAAUAACAUUUGGACCCAAAAGAUCACUAUGUUUCUUCUCUCUUGAUCCCAAAGUCUUCAGUUUAAGAAACAUAAUAAGCAGGAAAAGGUCUCCAGAUAAAGAUUCUGAACAAGUAGAAGCUAAGGAUGAUAGAGAGCUAAAAUCUGCUGAGGCUUCAGGUGAAAACGAAAGCAACAACAUAGAAGCAGUGGGCAGUGAAAUACAGACGGAGUAUGAGUCGGUCCCAGAAUACAAGGAGAAUGAUGGAAAUGGAUUGGGGCCGGGGUAUGAUGAAGAUGAUGAGGCUCCUGAGGGAUUUGAGUCCUACGACAGGUGGAAGAACCCAUGUACUGUCUAUGAGGUGGUGAAAGAUGAGGUGCCUUCAGCCUAUCCUUCGUCUUCCACGUACGAACCGCAGUAUGGAUGCAGUUCUUACACGGCUUAUGAGAUGCCUUCCAGGUGCUCAUCUCCUGUGAAGAAAAAUGGAGCCCAUUGUAAAUACACAGCCUCUCCUGUGUACGAGUCACAAAAUGCGUAUGAGUUUUCUACCAUAUAUGACCCUCGGUAUAGCUGCAGAUACUCCCCCAUUUAUGAGUCACAGUACGAUGAUGACUUCUCUCCAUCUGAUUCGCCAUACAUAUAUGAGACCUCUGGACCAAAGUCUCAGUACAGGUUCGACAACUCUUCUUUGUAUGAAUGGCAAUACGGCUACGAUACUCCUCCAAUAUACGAAACGCACUAUACCUGCAAGGACUCCCCGGUGUACGAGUCUCCAUAUGAUUGCGAGUACUCACCUGUGUAUGAGUGGCCCCCGCAGCAGAAUGAAUCGGAGCUUAAAGAUGCCACGACUCCUGAAUUUGAGUUCCCUACGGGUUGGAAUAACCCUCAGAGGGAAUGCAUCUCACAUCCCAGAUGUGGCUACUCCCACGACCCUCUGGAUCCAUCUUCUGGAGAUGCUGAAGAUGCUCAAGGACCUGCUGGCUACAGGCCGGCUUCUGGAAGCAGGCCGUCUUCGGGUCGCAAUGAAGCAUCACCCGCCUCCCUUAGGGGGACAACUGGAAGUACUCCGCCAGCUGUGCCACCUGAGGAGCAGGGUCAGGGACCCAAUGGAGGCAGGAAGCAGCCAGUGGAGAGCUCGGAAGGGCUUCUGGGAGGCAUGAGGAAAUUCCUGGAUGGAACGAGGAAGCUUUUGUGCAGAGGGCACCAGCCUUCCAAAGAGCCCAUUUCAGAAGGAGACAAGUGGGCAAGCAGUAUGAGCCAGCUCCCCAACAUAAACAACCCACCUCAGAGAGGGGCAAGGCAGCUCCAUACUGGAGGCAAUCCUUUCCUGUGUGGAAACCAUAUAUUUGUAGACCAUUCCAACUGGCCCAGAGGGGACAGGAAUCCAUGCGUCGGCAGAGCAAUCCAUGCACACAUCCCAAGAGGAGCCUACUGGACAGGAGGGGGAAUGACACCUCAUCUCCCAGAUAUCUCUGGCAGGCUCCUGAGCAGAGUAAAUAAGAUCCCUGGCAGGGGCAGUUUCUCCUCUCCCCUGACCUCCCCUUCCAGCUGCUCCUAUAACUCCUAG